CCUUCCUUCGUAACCUAUCUUCGGAUUCCCGUCAAAUCUGUUUUCCUUUUUAUGCUGCUUCGAAAAUCUUCGGUCGAUCGAUCCCUUGGUGGUCGGUCGUUCGCUGUGCAAUCAAUCUAUCGAUCGCUUUCUCGUUCGCUCGAUAAGGGAAUCUGAGGUUUUGUGGUUGAGAGAUGGCAAGUGGAUUUGGGGAAUCAACGAGCACGCCACCCCAAAGUCCUUCUUGCUCAAGCAGCAAUGGUAACAACAAUGACGCUGGUAAUUUCGAAUGCAAUAUAUGCUUUGACUUAGCCCAAGAUCCAAUUGUAACUCUUUGUGGUCACCUCUUUUGCUGGCCUUGCCUGUAUAAAUGGCUCCAUAUUCACUCCCAUUCACGGGAAUGUCCUGUUUGUAAGGCCCUAAUUGAGGAGGAGAAGUUGGUCCCUCUAUAUGGCCGUGGAAAGAACUCAACAGAUCCGAGGUCUAAGUCGAUUCCCGGCAUUAACAUUCCAAAUCGCCCGGCUGGACAGAGACCUGAAACAGCCCCUCCACCCAAUCCAAACCACUUUGCACAACAUGGGUUUGGAUUCAUGGGUGGAUUGGGGGGAUUCGCACCAAUGGCAAGUGCAAGGUUUGGGAACUUCACAUUGUCUGCAGCAUUUGGUGGUCUCAUCCCAUCAUUGUUUAACCUUCAGGUGCAUGGAUUCCCUGAUGCUACCAUGUAUGGGGCUGCUGCUGGGUUUCCAUAUGGGUUUUCUCAUACAUUUCAUGGGGGACAUGCACAUCGAUUCCCCCACCACACAAAUCCAGGACAGCAGGCAGAUUACUAUCUGAAGCUGCUGUUUUUUAUGAUCAUUUUGUUUGUUAUCCUUGCCCUAGUGUUGAAUUAGGUUAAAUUUGAUACCAGAGGCCAUUGGAUGUCUAGGGUUGUCGAUCUUCCGCAUUUAUGAUCUGUUAAAUGUAUUUAAUGUGUCUUUCUGAGGAAAUUGUUCAUAUAAUAUUUUUUCAGAACUUAUGUAGGGGUCUAUAAUGUCCCGUCAUCAUUGAAUAUGACUUCUGUUUUUAUAA